CUGGUUGAGUUGUGAGAAGUCGGGGCUGAGCAGGGAGCCGAGAAGGCAACAGCGCUAGAGUCUGAAAGCAGGAAGAAGCGGCAGAAUGGACGGAGCCGAGCCGGAGCCCCCUGCUGAGGACAGGAUGAGGAGCAGCGAGCCUGAACCCCCAGACAGUGUGUCGGUGAGAGGUGACAGCUCAGUAGCGCCCCCUGGUGGGUUCAAAGAGGACGACAGGCUCAAAGCGGAGAGACGAGACUCGGCGUCCUCCGGCUUCCUGUCCAUGAAAACAGAUCGCUCCAUGGAGCCUCCUCUGGGAUUCACAAGGGACACGAUUCACACGCUGCAAACAGAGACGAGCGAGUCGGCGUCUGACUGUCUGUCAGUGGAAACAGAGAAACCCAAGAAAGAGCUUGCUGACUUGCCGUGGGGCUGUCCUAAGAGCCAGAGUAACGUCAUCAAGCUCCUUCUGGCUGGAGACUCCUUUGUUGGGAAGACCUGCCUGCUCGUGCGAUUUGUGGGUGGCAGAUUUAUAACACCUAACGCCACUAUAGGACUCAGUAUUACUAAAAAAUCAGUUGUGCUGAAAGGGAAGAAAGUCGUUCUAGAGAUGUGUGACAUUUCUGGUAAUAAAGGCUACACGAGUCUCAACUGCAGCUUGUAUAGAGUAGCGCACGGAAUCAUCCUAGUCUAUGACGUGACUAAACAGAGCUCCUUUGACAAUUUAAAAACCUGGCUGAGGGACAUCGAGACUCGCUCUGAUAACGACGUCCUCAAAGUGCUGGUGGCAAACAAAACUGAUCUGACCAGAGACAGAGAGGUGGACAAUGCUGCUGCUCAGGAGCUGGCCUCUAAACAUGAGAUGCCCUUCAUAGAGACAAGUGCUUACACAGGGGACGCCGUGGACAAGGCUUUUCUCAUCCUGGCACGAGCCGUCAUGAAACACAGAGGCCUCGACCAGCUCCCCCCAGAACCAGCUCCGGAAAACAGGAAAACAGGAAAAAAAUGCCUGCUUUCAUAAAUAACAUAAAAUAAAAUAACAGGCUUGGGUGUUUGGUAUAAUUUUGUUGGCUAUAUAAAAUAAUACAUCCACUAUUCAGUUUGUGGUCCAUUACAGAAAAUGUUCACAUAAAAACCAGUUCACUUAAGUAGGGCGAUUCUUUUUUUGUGUGUGUGUAUGUGUGAUUUUUUUUCAACAAUUUAUUUACUUAUUUUUUUUAGAUUACUGAAUCAAGCUAAGGCAUCUAUUAACGCCAAGCAUGUCAUGUUAGGUUGUUGGACUAAAUAUUGCUCCAAAUGUAGGCUGUUUUUUAAGUUUUGGCGAGGGAAACACUGGCAUGUCUGUUUCCAGCGGGGUUCCGUGACAUCUGACCUCCACAUGUGUGAAUGAAAAUGGGUUCUCUGGGCAGCCACGGCU